AUGUGUUAUCGCGAUGUUGUGUUCGGGUUACAAUUUGUGACUUCGGGGCAGUUGAAAAUUUGUGGAAAUAACGAGUUAUUCGCAAGUAAUCGUUUAACAUGUCGAUACUGUGUAGAAUCUUACGUCAUAUUCCCUUGGCUACCAGUUCAGCUCAAUACUGCUUUUAAAACAUCCGAGGAUGUAAAUACUGAACAGAGCACUACUACUAUUGAUGACAAAGAAAGGAGCUGUGGUCCUAGAGUAAAAGUAGGUUUCCAAGCAGAAACUCAAAAGCUACUGGAAAUAGUUGCAAAAUCUUUAUACUCAGACAAAGAGGUGUUUGUGCGUGAGUUGAUUUCAAAUGCCAGCGAUGCUAUUGAGCGCUUAAAGUUACUUCGUCUUUCUAGUCAAGUUCAGUCCACUUCCAAUGACUCCCCUUUAGAAAUACACAUCAAGACAGAUGAGACGAAAAAAAUCCUUGUCAUCCAAGAUACAGGAAUCGGAAUGUUGAGAAAUGAACUAGAAAAGAAUCUUGGAACAAUAGCCCGUUCAGGUAGUCGAGAAUUUGUCUCUAAUCUGGCUGGAGACAAGGAGAAUCCUAAAUCUGUGGAUAUUAUUGGUCAAUUCGGAGUUGGUUUCUAUGCUUGCUUUAUGGUGUCUGAUAAAGUUGAUGUCUACUCGCGUAGUCACUUGGACAAUAGUUCUGAUGGACUCGGGAGUCAUUGGUCUUCCUCUGGUCUUCAGGGUGAAUACGAAAUUAGUGAUGCUGAAAACGUUAGUUAUGGUACGAAAAUUGUACUGCAUCUGAAGGAGUCAGCUGCUGAAUUCGUGAAAGAUGAUGUACUGGAACGCAUUCUCCGCAAAUAUAGUAAUUUUGUUGGCACUCCAAUUUUCUUAAAUGGCCGACGUAUCAACGUUAUUGAACCAUUAUGGACCAAAGACCAAACACAAGUAACUGAUGAAGAACAUACUUCAUUCUUCCAGUAUCUUUCCGGGAAUAGUUAUGAUAGCCCAAGGUAUACUUUUGCAUACAAAACUGAUGCACCACUAAAUUUACGUGUACUUCUCUAUGUUCCCAAUUGGAAACCGAGUAUCUUUGAUAUGGCGCGUGAUUCAGACAAUGGCGUUGCAUUGUAUAGCCGCAAAAUUAUGAUAAUGAAUCGUACGGAAGCUCUGUUACCUAAAUGGCUACGUUUUCUUCGGGGUGUUGUUGACAGUGAAGAUGUCCCUUUAAAUUUAAGCCGAGAAUUACUGCAAGAUAAUUCACUCAUACGUCGAAUUAACCGUUUGUUAACAGUUAGAUUCCUUAAAUUUUUAUCUCAACAAGCUUCACGUGACACAAGCAAAUUUAUUAGCUUUCUGGAGGAUUAUGGUCUUUAUCUGAAGGAAGGAUUGGUUAUUGAAGGGGAUCAACAGUUAAGAGAGGAAAUAGCCAAGCUUUUAAGAUGGGAAUCAAGUGUACUGCCUGCUGGUCAGACCACGUGUUUGGAUGAAUAUGCUAGUCGAAUGCAUGCAGGUCAACGGAAUAUUUACUUUUUGGCGGCUCCUAGUAGACAGCUGGCUGAAAAUUCUCCAUAUUUGGAAGCUGUGCGUAAGAAGAAUCCAGAUAUUGAGGUACUGUUUCUGUAUGAACCAUAUGAUGAACUUGUUCUAAUGCAAUUAAAUCAGUAUGACAAAAAAACACUUACAUCUGUUGAGACUAUGAUUGCUGAUGAUUUAGCUGAUACAAAUUCUGUUGGACCUGAACGUCAAAAUUGUUUAAAACAAGAUGAAGCCUCAGAGUUAGUUGAAUGGGCAGAGAAGAUUCUUGGCUCAAAAGUCAAGAAAGUAAAGAUUACUCAAAGGUUAAGCACUCAUCCAUGCUUCGUUUCUGUUCGUGAGGCAGGAGCAAUGAGACAUUUUCUGCGGACUAGUUUAGCUGAUAGACCUGCUGAAGAAAGAAAUCGUGUUAUUGAACCAAUUCUAGAACUCAAUCCUGAACACGAACUAGUUCGAUAUCUGUAUAGCCUGGUCAAAAGUUCCAAGGAUGCUGAUCAAUCUCAGGACAAUGCUUUAGCCGUUUCUAUUUUAGAUCAUCUCUAUGAUUCAGCUAUGGCUCAAGCAGGUCUUAUGGAUGAUGUUCGAGGACUUGCAUCUCGUAUGACAAAUCUUAUCACAAAAUUAGUUGAAAAGACCCAAUAA